ACUGCUCCCUUCUGCUGUGAGCACGUGAGGCCUCUGCUAGGCCAAAGGGAGGAGCCUUGUAUGGCAACCCCCUUCCACAGCAUUGGCAGCCCCCAGGCCGUGAGGGGGGUCAGGCCCCAGUUGAGCUCCUCGUGCUUUCUUUGGUGCCCUGGUGGAGCUCAGCCCCGUAGCUCCCCCCGCCCUUUUAAGUUGCGCGGCUUCCCUCUGUCAGCAGCCAGCGCUAGUGCGUGUGAAAGGAGGAAGCCGAGAGGGGUGGGAGGAGAGCGAUAGUAGGGGAAGCAGAAUCAAAACAAGCGGGACACGCCUUUUCCCCUGGCGCUGCUUCCCCCCGGGGCCGGGCCGGGCGGCUGGGUGUGUAAGUGUGUGCGCAGCGGGGCUGGGCUGGCCGCGGGUGCCCGCCCGGGACGGCCGGGAGCACUCAGCCUGGGAAAGCCGCAGCCAGCUCCUCUCUCCUUCCUGGGCGCCCUGUUUGCAAUGGAGCCGCAAUGAGUCGGGGGUAGCAGCCGCCUCCUCACCAGCCGCCGCCGCAGCCUCCUGCUCCAGCUCCGCGAUGCCGAACCAGAAAAGCAGCAAGGGCAGGAAGAACAAGCGCGCUAACAGCAGCGGGGACGAGCAGGAAAAUGGAGCCCUGGCCCUGGCGGCGGCCGCGGGCGCAGCGAUGGGAGCGGCGGCCGGGGCGGCUGGAGGAUCGGGAGGAGCAGCGGCCGCGGCGGCCACGGCCGGAGGCGGCGGAGCUGUGACUGCAGUCGGCGCGGCUCCCAGCGACAGCAAGAGCGAAGCACCUUGUGCCACUCCACUGAUCUGUAGCUUUGGAAGGCCUGUUGAUCUAGAAAAAGAUGACUACCAGAAGGUUGUAUGCAACAAUGAACAUUGUCCUUACAGCACCUGGAUGCACCUUCAAUGUUUUUAUGAGUGGGAAAGCAGCAUUCUUGUUCAGUUUAACUGCAUUGGCAGAGCAAGGAGUUGGAAUGAAAAGCAGUGUCGUCAAAACAUGUGGACAAAAAAGGGAUAUGAUCUUGCUUUUCGCUUUUGCUCCUGCCGAUGUGGGCAGGGUCACUUAAAGAAAGACACAGACUGGUACCAAGUGAAGCGAAUGCAGGAUGAGAAGAAGAAAAAGUCUGUGUCAGAGAAGAGCACAGGCAGGUCCAUGGCAGAAUCUGUAGAAGAUGCUAAAAAGUGCAGACCUGUCAACAAGCCACAAAAAGGUUUAAAUCAUGAUAUCCAGCGAAGGCAUUCAAUGGACAGGCAGAACUCUCAAGAGAAAGGCAUAGUUAGUGGGAGCUAUGCAGUUCGUUCUCCCUGUGGCUCUCCUGGCCAGUCCCCUCCUACAGGCUACUCUAUUCUUGCCCCUGCACAUUUUAGUGGCCCUCGUUCGUCACGAUAUUUAGGAGAAUUUUUAAAGAAUGCCAUUCACUUAGAACCUCAUAAAAAGAACAUGACUGGUGGUGGCAUGUUCAGGAAUGCCCAUUUUGAUUAUGGGGCGUCUGGAUUGCAAAUGCAUAGAUCAGGACAUUUUGAUGCGCCUGUGCAAUUUUUAAGGAGGCUUGACCUAUCUGAGCUACUUACUCAUAUACCCAGGCAUAAACUGAAUACUUUCCAUGUGCGGAUGGAAGAUGAUGCCCAAGUGGGUCAAGGGGAGGACCUACGGAAAUUUAUUCUUGCAGCACUUAGUGCCAGCCACAGGAAUGUUGUAAACUGUGCGCUGUGCCACAGGGCACUGCCCGUAUUUGAACAGUUUCCGCUAGUGGAUGGAACCCUGUUUCUUAGUCCAUCGAGACAUGAUGAAAUUGAAUAUGAUGUUCCCUGUCACCUUCAAGGAAGACUUAUGCACCUCUAUGCUGUUUGUGUCGACUGCUUAGAAGGAGUUCACAAAAUUAUCUGCAUUAAGUGCAAGUCCCGAUGGGAUGGAAGCUGGCAUCAACUGGGAACCAUGUAUACCUAUGAUAUUCUGGCAGCCUCUCCCUGUUGUCAGGCGCGACUGAACUGUAAGCACUGUGGAAAGCCAGUAAUAGAUGUACGGAUUGGGAUGCAGUAUUUCUCUGAAUACAGCAACGUCCAGCAGUGCCCGCACUGUGGAAAUCUAGACUACCACUUUGUGAAGCCAUUCUCUUCAUUUAAAGUUCUGGAGGCUUAUUGACGAAAGCUUUGCUUUAGUAAUAGCUAUUUUAUGGGUAUUACUACUUUAUUAGACACCUUUUUAUAGGAUCCAUUCUGUGACAAAAUUAAUUUCUUUUCUAACUGAAAGAGCAGCUUCUUUGUGUGUCUAUGUACAUAUAAUAUUAAUAUGUAUAUAUGUGUUACUAAGACCUGGUCCUCCUGACAAGAUUUCAGCAAAAGGUGGAGGCAAGCCAACUAAUGCCAAGAGUGUUAAUGCCAGCUUAAAUGUUUUGAUUUUAAUUUUAUAUCAUCACAGAAGAGCUUAAAGGGGUGGAAAGGUUUUUAGAGAACAGGAUGAGCCCCAUUUGGAAAUGGAAGAUUUUGUGGGCCCACCACCCUUAGGGUUUGGUGAGAGGGGAAAUCUUCAUGAAGGACCCAAUCUUGUUACCACUGAAUGCUUUAGGAUCUUUAUCAUUGACUUCAAUGGGAGCAGGAUUAGACCUAAAAAAAUCUUAAAUUAUAUUAGCUGGUCUGCUUUCAGAUUCCCAGAAUUGGGUAAACGAAAAUAUUGUGACGAGUGAAUGUAAAUCUGUGCCAGAAAAUGUUACCUUAAAAAUCUUUUUUGGCAUGGUGUCUUCCUGCAGUAUAUAUUUGAUAUGUUACCCUCACUGACAGAUUGUAUGGAGAUAGUACUGUUUCCACCAGUGUUGUAAUUUUAGCAGUCAGGUCAAUUGUUUAUACAAAAACAAGCUUGAUUUUAAUACACUUUAAAUAAAGUUAUUUGCUUUGCAAAUAUUUUUAGAACUUUGUUGUGAUGCUCAGAAGGAACAUAAAGGAAGACAUGGUCCAUUGCAAACCAGUUAUGAAGGGGUGUGUGUAUGCACAUGUGUAGUGGGGUUGGAACUUUAGACAGCAUGCCUGAGGCUGGUAUGACUGACUUGUAAAGAGGAUCUUGAAAAAUAGGAUCUGGGCUGAGUCAGAUCUGUGAGCACUGUGAGGUCUUUGUGCCAUAUUAGUAUGAGAAUGCGUCAUGACUUUAUUUCAAACAAAGUUUAGUACAUUUGCUGAAAUAGCCACUGCACCUUAGUCUUUCAAAAGUAUGUAAAUCCAGGUAUUGUCCAAUUGAUUCUGAGGACUUGGAAAUGAUAUUUAUUUUAAAAACGUUGAGUGUAAUUCUUCUUUACAUUCCCACAUGUAAUAAUCUAUACCAGAUAAUGAAUUGGUAUCAGAAGGGUUUUCUCCAUAGAGUUUGCCAAUGUUCUCUUUCUUUGUUUUCCCUAUUUUUCUUCUGUGCAAGAAUUUAAAAAUAAAAAGUCUAUUACUUGA